AUGUUGUUCGGAUUAGGCUCAACACGUCAUUUUGCCGUUGAUUUGAAGUCAGACUAUUUCCGAUCAAUUAGAAGUACGAUGAAGAAUGACCCAGCCUCUGUUGAAUAUAUCUCAUUCGAUGAGAUAUACUCAAAUAAAGUUGUGUCCAGCUCCUUGCAAUACAACAUCGAUGCCAACAGAAAGUCCAGUUGCACCACAGCAGAAACCUGCUUGGUCAUCAUUUCUCGCCAUGUACCGGAUCCUAAACUCUACGCGAGAGAAUCAGAGUGGUACUCACGCUUUAUUACAAGAGCUAUGACUGCCAGCUAUAAACUCACUGUCUUAUUGGAAGAAGAAUAA